AUGCUCCAUUAUGAUAAAGCAGCAGAUUCACUAGAAAUAUUGCAACAGGUCAAUAGGUGUUACCCAGCUGCAGCUAUGAAGGCAUACCUUUUAGGAUACCUUAUUCAAAGAAAAAAGCGAAAAGCAGGAAGUACUAUUGACAAACUUUGGAGUCAAUUUGAGGCAACGAAUACUGUGGCCAAAAUUCAGAAAGCAGGACUCAUUGAGAAUAUAAAGCAAAAUCAGGCAUACUCUAGAGCAUUGAUGUCUUUUAACAGAAGAGAAAACUGUAACGCCAGACACUUUUAA